CAUUUUCCGGGCCCAACGCCGUAAUGGUCAAAAUGCUUUGUAUGAAGCUUUGGACGUUGCUCGACGUGCGAAUGAAAGGAGACGUAUUAGAAGUUUGGAGCAAGAAAUUAAGGAGUUGAAGGAUAUUAUUGAGGAGAAGCAAAGUAAGAUUGUGAAGAAUGUAGCGAAUAGUUGGCAGUUGGAGGAAAAACAUAGAUGGCUAUUGGUUGCAAGAAAUAGGUUAAAAGCAUGGUUGGAGAAUGCAGAGGAGGAGCUUCGUAUUGAGAGGACAAGAAGGAUUGAUUUAGAGCAAAGGAGGAGGGUUGAAUUAGAGAGAGCAGUAGAGGAGAUGUAUGUGGAUGCAGAGGAGGA